AUGGAUAGAUCAAUACCAUCAUCUGACGUAGAAGGAGAAAUGAUACAUGCUGAUGUGGUUAAUGGCCUCGAUUGUAUCAGUAAGCUCCCAAAUGAUGUCUUGCUUAAGGUCUUAUCCAAGUUGUCCAUGGACGAAGUCCUUAGGACAAGUGUUCUAUCAAAACGAUGGUUGGAUGUGUGGAAGGAGACAUCUCAUAUAUACUUGGACAUGCGAAGGAUCGCAAACGCUGAAAUUCUUUUGCCCCAGGUUUCGCAUCAAGCUGCUAGAUCGGUGACAAAGAUCAUAAAGGAUCACCGUGGGCAUUUGGAAAGAUGCACAAUCUACCAUGAUUCACUCCAAUGUGAAGACGGGGUGUUUGAGUCUUGGAUUCAGUCACUCGUUAAUGUGAAACACAUCACGCAUCUCAAACUUGUAAACCUUUUUGGCUAUGUGUCCGCAAACACAAGACCCAAUGCCACACUUGACUUGCCUCCUAAGUCCUUUUCCCACCCAGACCUCAUAUCUCUCUUCCUAGAUAAGUACAACUUAGAAGCUCCACAUGCUUUUGACAGUUGCUGGAGUUUAAAGGAACUCAGACUUAUUAACAUCUUCGCCGAGACUGAAGUCUUGAAUGCAGUCCUUGUGUCUUGCCCUUCUCUCGUAGUGCUUGCACUAAGGAGCGUUUUCCACAAAAAUAGUGGGACUAUGAAGAUUGAGAACCCCAACCUAAAGUUCUUAUUCUUAUCUUGCGAUGGGAUAGAAGGCCUUAACGUGUCUUCACCAGAUCUAGAUAUCCUCUCCAUUGAAUAUCUCUCGUGUGAUGAAGAGAACUGCGUCACUGCGAGCCCUAGGCUCCAUUCCCAUCGGAACUAUUGGGCUGCAGGAUGUUGCUUUCCUCACACUAGCUAUAAUCUAUCAUGCGCCUACCAGGGAGAAGAAAGCAUUGCGCAUAAAAUCAUGCUGAGCGGAACUAUUGAGUACUGUAUGACAACUUUGUCAUUAAUGUCGGUGAGUGUAGACUUAACUAAUGCAAAAGAAGUUAAGAUGCUCAGAGAAGUGUUAGCUGCAUGGCCUAAAGGAAUGGGAGAAGUUGAGUUUGUAUUGAAGGAUAACGAUGCUGCUAGGGAAGAAAGUGUGUCUCCCAUUGGAAAAACAAGGAACACGAUUUGGGAAGAGACAAAAUUGUUUCCCAGUGCUGAGUUCCAUGUAGAUAGAGUAUAUUUGUCUAACUUUAGCGGUUCAAAGGAAGAGUUUGCAUUAGCCUCAAGUAUGAUAACGCAUGGGACGGUAAUCCAUAAGAUGGUGAUUAGACCAUCGUCCUCUUCUACAACUAAGAAGUUGGAAAUCAUAGCGGGAAUAAAGGAGCUAAUGGAGCUUCCAAAAUGUGGCAAGUACCUUCGUAUCACAUGUUUGAGUCCUAGCCUUUGGUAA